AUGGAAGUGAAAUCCGAGCAGGGAGGUAUGUCCAACCGGGAGCCGUUCGGCAUGGGCUUGCAGACGAGCCCCAUACAAUCGCAGCCGCCGCUGAUGCAGAACAUGCGGCUAGCCUUCACUACCGACGGUACUGCGAUCUACAAGCCGGUGGGUGUAGCUUCCCCGGCAUUCCAGAACACCGGCGGCAGCGGAGGAACCCCCGGCGGCAACGGAGGCGCCACUGGCAGCAGCGGAGGCGCCCCUGCCGCAGGAGCUGGAGGAGACGGCGGCGCCGCCGCAACAAUGGCUCACCACGGUCUACAGAUAUCCGCGGCGGAGCCGCCCCUGAAGAGGAAGCGCGGGCGGCCGAGGAAGUACGGGCCCGACGGCACCAUGGCCCUCGCGCUGUCCCCCGUUUCCUCCGCUGGUGGGUCGGGGCAGAACGCCGGAUCACCCCUUUCUCCGCUUUCAGGAUCUUCGCCGGGCAUGAAGAAGGCCAGAGGCAGGCCGCCAGGCUCCGGCAGGAAGCAGCAGAUGGCUGCUCUCGGUAAACCACUCCGAUUCUACCUGGUCGCUUCUUUAACGCCGCUCAAUCCUCACUCUCCUGGUUCUACUACUAUGGGUUGGAACCGCGUGAGUCUUCUCGUCAUCUCGGUUUGACGGGGGGAGGGGGGAGAAUGAUGGGAGAGGAGAGGCCUGCUAGAAUCUCCUUGGUCCCUGUUUUUCUCUCUGGUUGAGAUUACCCAUAUACCCUUGCGAUUUUUGGAGUUUUGUCGCCCUUUGAUAAUGGACAGAUUGUCCUCCUAUCAUUCGACAAUCUCUUUGAAUCGGAAGAAAAUUCCCCCAAGACGAGUAUUUACUGAAAAAAGAAUGCAACUUUCUUGAUUUAUCUCCGCUGCAGCCGUCUUCCACUCGAUCUCAUCAGGGGGGUAACUCCAUGCCGCAUUUGCUCUCUUGUUUAGGAUAUACCUUAUUGACUUGUUUGUUCCUCAUAUCGUUUAGUCAGUUGCUUUGCAGGCAUCUAGUUCUUUAGAACGAGUUUCUUUUCUGCUUUCGGGUUCAUGUUUUGGGCAUAAGUUGCUUGAAACCUAGUUGUGCGUAAAUAUGCUUUAUUUCUGCGUUUCUCUUCCUUCAUCUCCCCUCUCUCGUGGUGAAUUUUCCGAAGAAAAUUCCUUUUUUUUUUGUUUUGAAACUGUUCUUAUAAAGGAAAGUGUGUGCAGGAUCAGCUGGCAUUGGGUUCACGCCGCAUGUUAUUACAGUGAAGGCUGGAGAGGUAUUCGAUUUUUCAGUUUUUUUUUUGUUAGUGUCUGGGUAUUCAUCCAUGUGUCAUCCCAUAUCCAAUUUUCAACAUUCCCAUAUUUAUUUUUAUUUCAAUUAAAUGAUUUUUUCUCCUGUGAGUUUAAAAUUUAUUUGUUCACGAUUUCCUCGAUUUAAUUCUUUGAUGAAAUGAAUGAUGAGUAUUGGUGCAGCCUGGCCAAGAUAAUUGUGCUCAAUAAUCAUCUAACAGAGUAACAGCUAAAAGUUACUAUCUAAAUAAGGGAUAAUUAAGCAUAUGGAAGAUAGUAAAUGACCCUUAUAAGGAUUUUUUUUUUUUUGAUUUUUCAUUGGUUUUCAAGGUAGUGUUUGUGUGAAUUUGUUGUGCAGUUGCUUAAUCACCAGCCAUUAGCUUCUGUCGCCUGGUAAUAUUUGUGAAUCUUUCAUUGAUUCGUCUGAUUAUUUCAUUGGAUGGGAUCAUCCAACUGGGUUCUGAUCUGAUUUCGGGCACUGCUUGUGCGAGAUCCUGAUAUCGCAUAAAUUAUCUUAAUUUCCCAAUAAAUAAAUUUCCUGAUUUACACACCAUCAGCGUCUUCUAUAUAAAAACUCCUGAUUAUUUCUUCCUUGUUCCCCAUUAUCUCUAAUAAUUUUCCCAAAUGAUUUUUCAUUCAUUAUAUACAUAGUCUGAUGCAAGUGACUUGGGUUCCAAGGGUUUUUUUACAAUAUUUUCUAUAAAACGUCAACAUAAGGAAAUAAAUAGCUCAAUGAAUGAUAAAAAAAUUUAAAUAUUAAGCAUUUAAUCAUGCUAUUAACCUCUGGGUAGUUCUUAUGGAGGAUAUCUGUGAUAAGUUGGGCCAUCUUUUCCACACUUUUUGCAAUAGUUAAAACCUUUGAUACAUAUUAACGUAGAUUAUGAUUUAAUCCGUACAGAAGAGGGUCUGUAAGGCUCCCGUCCUCUGGGCUAUUGGCCGUGGAAUGCACUGCAGAAUGAGUGGCAGGGGCUGUCCAGAGUAAGGGCGAGGAUCUUGGGAGAAAAAAAAGGAAGCAUAAUAAUUAUUUUAUAAAAAAAUGGUUUGAAUAUCAUACUGAUGCUCUACAUCUAGCCAUGGUCAAAGUAAUUGGGUUUCAUAUUAUUUUUUUAAAAAAUGAGCCCAUUUAUGAACAGGUUCCUUUUUUUUUCCUUCUCAUUUUUUAGUUAAUCGAUGGUUAAUAGGUUUUAAGACCUCCCCUGCAUUUUCUGUGUAAAUUUUUAUCCUUCCAUUGUGGGAAUAAUUUCACAUUUGAGCAGGUAAAUUCAAUAUGUGGUUAAAAAAAGGAAAUAAUUAUGUUCUAGACAAUCUGAUAAUGUUACAUCCUUGUUCACUUAUAGUUAUAAUAAAUGGAUCUACUUCCAUCACUUUCGGGUGAUUUUGAGUUGGAUGGCCCAUUUUUUUUUCCAUAUUCGUUCAAUAUUUAUCUAUUUGGUAGUUUGGUGUCGAUUUCGGAGAUUUUGAGGCUCGCGCCCUAUAAUAAUAAUCCACUGCCAUAACAAUUUCCGAGGCUUGAGAUUUUUCUAGUCAAUAUAUAUUUUUAAUUUUCCAGUCUUAUAUUUUUCAGUUUAUAAGUAUUGUCUUUGUUGCUGAUGAAACAAGGUUUUGAUGUGUAUUAAAUAUGAUGUAGAAAUGGCAUUUUCAGGUUUCCUGGUAUAAAAAUUGCGUUUUUAGGGUUCUUACUUCAGAACAUAUUACGGGGAUUUUUUUUAAAAAAAUGACAACGCAUUUCAGGAUGUAGCAUCGAAGAUUAUGUCGUUUUCUCAGCACGGCCCCCGCGCAGUCUGCAUCUUGACGGCGAAUGGCUCCAUAUCUAAUGUGACCCUCAGGCAGGCGGCGAUGUCCGGAGGAACUGUGACUUACGAGGUUUUCUUUCCUCCCCCCUGCUUUCCCCUCUCUCUCUCUCUCUCUCUCUCUCUCUCUCUCUCUCUCUCUCUGUGUCUGUGUCUCUCUCUCUAUCGGAUGGCGGAUGCAGAGGCUUAGAACUUCUUGACUUGUUUUCUUGCGGCGAUUCGUCGCCGUUUCUCGGAAAAUAAGAUCAAAGAUUAAUCUUUGGUUAUUCUCUUGACCACCCGAAUGGAAGAGGAUUUAUGGGUUUUUUUUUUUGGUUCUUUCUGUGAACAGGGGCGGUUCGAGAUCUUGUCCUUAUCGGGGUCGUUUCUUCUCUCAGAGAGCGGCGGGCAGCGCAGUCGGACCGGCGGAAUGAGCGUGUCUCUGGCCGGCCCUGACGGCCGUGUUCUGGGUGGUGGCGUUGCUGGGCAGCUAACGGCGGCCUCUCCCAUUCAGGUGGGUCAACGCCGUCCGCUCACUUCGAUUCGUGAAAACAGAAUUCUCCUGAUUAGCAAGAACACCGAGAUCGCUGGGUUUCCUUCUUUUUAGGUGGCAGACGAAAUUCAUUAACUGUGGUUUGCGCGAUGAUUUUGGCAGGUGGUGGUGGGUAGUUUCCUCGCGGAUGGGCGCAAGGAGACGAAGCCGGCGAGCCUCCCCGAGGUGCCGGCUCCGGCAGCCGCCGGGAACAUGAGCCCCGGGGGCGGCAACGGCGGCGGCACCAGCCCGCCGUCACGGGGGACGCCCAGCGAGUCCUCCGGCGGGCCCGGAAGCCCUCCCCAUCAGAGCUCCGGCAGCGCCUACAACAACGGGAGCCAGCCGGCGGUGCCCACCAUGCUCUGGAAAUGA